AUGCCAAAUUGGAAGGAACUUGGCGAGGUGCCGGACUCGGACGAAGACGACUUCGAUGGCCCCAGCCCUCCGCAAAGCCCGAUAGCUGGUCUUCUUCCAGCUCCGCCGCCGCCGAUUGCAUCGCCACUUACCGAUAUCUGGAGCAUUCCUAGCUCUCCAGCACGACGACCUCCUGAGCCAGGUCACCGGGUGACUCCCACGUCUACUACCGUUCCGCUGGGCACAGAGACCACUACCCCGCUGUCAUGCUCCUCUCCACUGUCACCUCCGCCGCCUGAUGUGACAUCCUCUCCCACUCUAUCACCUCAGCCAGAGUCCAGUCGACAUACCGUCCGGGAAAAUCUUCAGAAAACGCUCCCAGCACACCGGGUGCCAUCGGACACUGUGACUGGAGCUCAAAAACCUUUGGAGUCCGAAUCAAUUUUACAUAUUACCUCUCACAAUAAUGCUGUGUCGCCCUCGCGCCAGGCAGCUGUUCGCCUCGAACGUUCUUUGCGACCACGGAAGCCCAUUCAGGAACACCCAUAUCUACUCGAGGGGGCUCAGUAUACCCAGUUUAUGAAGGCUCAUGGCUUCAAACCCUUGCGUGUUGUCACAGAGCAAGCCGAGUCCUCGCGGCGGCUCACGACCAAUGAGGACUCCCAGGACAAUGAUUUUUCUGCAGAUGACAGCCAGGAGCAUGAGAGCCAGCCACUCGAUGCCGCAUCGAUAGUCGAAGAACGGGACGAGCUUGCGUUAUCGCCAUCUCCAAGGCUAUCCUCCCAAUUUAGAGCUAUUUCUAGUGGUCAACCUAGCCCUGGGCAAGAUACAGCGGAUACAAGCCCGGCAGAGGAUGAUUUGCCAUCAAUAGAUGAACUCCUUCGCCAAAGUCGAAAGACACUCGGCAAAAAGCAGUCUAAAAGACUUGGUUCUACGAGCAUAUCAUCCUGCGCAAAACGAAGGAGGAUAGAUGGAUCCGCCCGCAAGGACUCUAUAACUAGGCCACGGUUCAAACCGCCUCUCGCCAUUGAUCUGGAGGCUUCUCCGCUGGCUGGACAAGAGAUUCGACGUCGUUCUCGCAACCCUCAGGUGCCUAAUGAUGCCGAUAUAACGAGCCCCACAAAGAUUGAUGUGCAGCAAUCCUUUCCCGCAACCACUCCUUUUGAGAACGGCGAUGCACCAGCGGUCAUCAGUAUCUCAGAUGAUGACGUCCAGGCUGAGGUCUCAGAUUCUCCCGAUUCGUCGGGCACAGACAGUGAUUCAGAUUCCAUGCAGAAGCACGUUAGGAGGAUUCGAGGUGUGCUUCCGGCAUCUUGGCUUCGACUUGAUCAGCUCAAGGCUCAAAAAACAAGAGAUGGAACCUCGCGUCGCCAAAGCCCUCCUUCAUCACCCAAGCACUUACCCAGAAAAGGCGUGGCUCUACCUAAACAGCGGCCUCAGCAAUCCACAUCUUCAAAUGCCCUCUUUGACUUCUUAUCUAAUGACGAUGAUGAUGACCACGAUGAACGCAUUAAUAAUGAUAUCCUCCUGAGGAGGAACUCUAGUUUGGUGUCUUUUCCGAAGACCAACAAGAAUCCUGACCUGUUUCGACAGUUGUUUCUCGACGACGGUGAUAUUCCGGAGGAGGAUGUCAUCGACAGAAUGGUGACUGGGACCAAGAGGAAGAGGAAAGACUCGAGUGAACCCAAGAACAGGACCUACCGGAAGCAUAACUCAGGACUAAGAAACCCAAGGCAACAGAAGAUAACCACCUUGCUUGAUUCAGGAUCCGGCGGAGAUGGCAGCGCACUUUCAAAGAAAGCUGUUAAGUCGAGUCGUUCAAUCAAAACCAAGACUGCUCGCCGAUCUAGGACCACAAAGAGGCACCCAACUCCACCACCUAUGCUGAGUGUUCUUGAUGUGGUUGAAUCGGACGCACCCCAGUUCCUCAGGAUUGCUGCCCGCGCCGCAAGGAGAGCACCCAACCGUGGGAAGACGAGUCCCUCUCGCAAGCAGAUCAACCUUGGCAGCCGCCCAGACAACAUUGAUGCACUUUCUGUACUGCGGGAUUGGAAGACCGGGAGGAUUCGGCCAAGAGUAGCACAUGAGCCCAUGGACAAGGCAUCAACUUCAACCUCGACAGCAACACCAUCAAGAUUUCCCCUCACGCAACGUUCUACAAAUCCACCCCGUGCUUCGGCGCAUCUCAAGCGAGCCGCAAGCCUUGGUGAUACCAAACGGAGAACGAAGCAAACGCAGCUGAAUGUUUCAUCGACGACCAUUUCUAGCACAGCCCCUAUAGUGCGAGCGCAUCCAAAACACCUAAACUUAAAUUCAGGAAUAGGCCGUUCCGAUACUGUAGCUGCCAGGCCCGCACAGUUGGAAACCACCGAAGUGAACCGGUCCGGAAAGUUUAGUUUCCUGGCCCAAAAGAGAAAUCUGGAUGCGUCGUAUCGACGAAAUAAGUCCUCGGUCGGCCUCGCAGCUGCUCGUUUGGACCGGUUCAUCAACAGCCCCGUGAACCAGGAUAUGAUGCCAACAGCCGUCAUUGCCACUUCAACAGGACCCCCGAAAGAGUUGCAGCCGUUACGCCCUCGUCGCCCCAGGCUACGCAAACAAACCAAGGCACGCUUUGUUGACAUAACCGCACCUCAAUUUGUACACGCUGCAGAUCCUUUACCUCCAGCUUCAGACUACGUCUUGGUACAUGAGGACGACGUAGGGGAGUCAAGUGACGAGAAGUUGCGGGGUCUUGGUCCUUUUGGCACACACUACACUCAUCACUUUGAAAUUUUCCCUCUUGAUGCAAAUGUUUACUUUCACGAAAGUACUUUCAUCGGCAUGGGAAAGCUUAGUAAACUCCAGGAUCAAAAGCUGAUGGAUAAGUCUUGUCAUGUGCGGCCAAGAAUAUCCUUCCAGCUUGGGGACAAGACUCUUCGAUGGGGUCCAUGGGACGAGAUCACAUCAUCUGAACUCGGUGUUCUCGUUGACUUCGUUGUCGAUAAAAUUAUACAACCGGAGUCCACACUGAGCCUCGAAGCCGUUGCGGCUUCCGAUUUUCUGUUGAAUUUCGUGGAGACGGCUGUCAGUUUCGAAAAAAGCACCGAUAUGAGCUCGUUCAUGUCAAGGGUCUUAGACGUUUUACAUAGCUUUAUCGACCGAGUUGAAGCUUCGCUCAAUGGCCGAGCUCGACCGGGCUCGUCUGGGCUGUUUCGGACCUUGUUGCAAGUCUUGCCAAGGGUCCUCUUGGUCAACCUUUUGUCGACUCGCUUGUGUCAACAGUCAAGUGUCCUCUCAGACCAGACCUUUCAGGCACAGGAAGUUUUGAGAAGACUCGCCAAGGUUGCCUGUAGAAUUUUGGUUUCGCUUGGUCUAGGGUCUGUGGAGGAAACAUAUGCUGAUCUACAGCAGCUUCACCAUCGUGAGCAUGGCAUCAAAUCAGACAGGGGUGAGGUGGUUCUCUGGGUAGUUCUGAUGAGAAUCCUGCAAGCUGCUGAGCUACCGCGAGGUGGCUUCUGGGAUAUCUUGGGUUCUGUUAUCCUCACUCCGGAGCUCACCAGCACCUCGGACCUCAAAAAGCUGGAGUGCGGAUGGAAGCAUGUGUUUACUCUUCUUCCUCUGACAGAGUUUAACGACUUGGGUACUCUCGACGCCGGAUCCCGUCUCCGCCUGCCUUUGGAGGGGUGGGCAAUACCGCAGGCACUCCUAAAGCGCACCUUUCAUAUUUACCAGAAGAACCCUCGACAGCCACCCAGCUUCAAUGACUAUUGCAGAUCCCUGAUGGCGAGAUGUCACUACCUGAUCGACCAAUGGGGCUGGGGGAAGUGUAUCGGCAUGGUUGGCUUGGUUUUUGAUUUCUUCGGCUCGCAAAAUUUGUCCCAUCUGAGGAACGAGGAGGUUUACAAAUCCCCCUUGUUUCUCGAGCAGCUAUCAGGCAAACCAGAUGUCUCGAUCCACGCUGAAGAUCGGUGUUUCCAUAUAUUUGUGAAGAUUGUUACCAUGGUCAUCAGACGUCUUCGAGCUUCGGGUCUCGUGAGGGACAUCAAGAACCUGGUGGCUAGAAUUGUCCCCAACCACAGUCGACAGUUCCUCAAGGAGCAGACAAUAAAUCAACAUGAACUUGCGGCAUUGAGGAAUCACCAUGAUCUCUUGUGUGCGCUGUUCUGGGCAGCGCCUCCUGACCUUCGCCCUGGGAUUCAUCUGAUCGAGAAACUGGUUGUCCCCGGCAGCUCUCACAGAGAAGCUGUUUUGAUUAACUUGAGGGCGUGGUCACAACUCUCACGCUUUGUUGUUUCAUCAAAUGAGGGAUCCUCGGUGUUCAGGCCUUUCAUUUCAUGGCAAAACAAUAUUUUUCGACAGACACUAGACCAGUACCUCACCGCAGAAACCGACAUCCAACAACAGCUUCUUGCCUUGUCCAAAGAUGCUAGUAACGAUAUUGACCGAGACAUGGUCGGAAAGAUGAUUGAAAAGAACAAAGCGGCUGCCAUGGACAUUCUCUACUGCUCUGUUCAGGCGUCCUUAGAGGUACUCAAGGUGGCACCCUCUCUCGCUGCGGCCACCUACUCCUUGAACACAAAACAACUCUCACAGGUUUUUACCAAGUUCGAUGUCUCUUGCGCGGGAUUUGAUUGGCAGACCUUGCUCAUUGCGCUUGACAUCAUGGGGCGGUAUAUAGACCGGAUUGAUGAUAUCUUGGACUAUCAAGACUCUUGCAACUCUGAGACUGCCGAGGAGCAGAAUGCAUCUGAUGAGGCUAUACAGCUGGUUGACGAUCAACUUGUAGAGGCCUUAUUCUCCGUUGCGAAUCAACUGUUGAAUUUGUUGGAGACAAGAAUAUCUGAGCGUAUUGGAUCCAAGGAGAGCCUGUGCGCCGAGAAGGCAAUCGUCCUUUCUGGGAGAAUUGCUAGCAGACUUCUCCAAGUUGGAGUCACGCGCCUUUCAAGGUUUUUCUCGCCGGGGAAAUACGGUCUCUUCCAAAGGAUGCCGCAGGAUAUUUCGCUUGUGAGACGGCGGUAUCUGCCGCUGUUCACCGCAACCCUGGUGAGAAAUGGAACGCUUGACUUCAAGGAUCUCAACACGACUCCGGAUGAGAUGUGGCUCCUUUGCCUGACCGGCCCAAGGUCAACAUUCGAGCAUGUAUCCGGUUUUGGGGAUUGUUUACGACGCCAUAGUGCCAUUUCUGUGGGCGAUGCUGCCUGUACAUCUAAAACCGCCCUCGACUACAACUUGGCACGCGACCUUUUUGCUUCUGCGGUAUCUUCUCAGAGAAAAGCUUUGAGGGAGGAUCAGGGCAGUCUUCAGCGACGGAGAAAGGGCGACCUCGCAAAAGCUCUCAAAGCUGUCAUGGAACAGAUGAAACGAGACUUGGCAACUGUCAAGCCUAACCGUACUGCCCAUAUACAACACGUCGAUUUCGUCCGCGAAAUCAUUGGCCUGGUCAAGUCGUACGGGGUGGACGUUUGUCCGGUGGACCCUUUUUUCUAUCGCAUCAGCGCCGAUUAUUCCCCGUCACUCGAAGAUCCCCAGCUCCAUCUGGCUGGUAUCUUGGCUUAUGGGAUCCGAUUUCAAGAAGGCGAUACCAAAGCUUACUCGCAGCUUUUCUAUUACCUUUACAACAACUGUAAAGUGGCAGUCGUCAACAACAAGAUCGCGAACGAACUUGACAUUUUGCAACGAUGUAUGGAAAAUAUUCACAUCUUCGAUUUCAUGUUGAGCUGCAUGCUACCCACAGUCGUGCGAGCAACCCUCAAGAUACAUGAGGCUUGGCCUCUUCUUCAACUAUACUCCGGGGCUCUCAGACAGCUUCUCGAGCGGUCAUGUCUGCCAAUAGAGAUCCAGGAAACUCGGGCCGAUGCUGUAGUGGCAUUGCUGAGUACAAUUCUGCUGGCGAUCAGGACGCUCAAGACUGAGGCUGGUAAUGGCGCACUAUCUACGAAGAGGCUCUUUUUGCUAGUGGAACUGAUGGGCAUAGUCGAAGUCCUUCAACCGACACUCGUAGUAUGGUCCAUGAUAACCGAAGGUUCUAUCCGGCAGGACGUCGCCACAGUAGUCUCGGCGUUCUCGUCCCUCUGCGAUUCCGCAUCUGACGCCUUGAUACGUCUGGGGCGAGAAGACUCGGCAGUGGAUAUAGCUUCCAGAAUGGCCAGCGCUAGUGUUUUACUGGACGGGAUCCGUGAAAUAGACGAGCAAGAUAUUACGAGACUCUCGAGAGUUGUCAACGCAAACACCGAGAGCCUCUCGACACAUGUUUGCACCGACGUGCAGAGAAGCUGGAUAGUCACAGACAGGAGAGUCUGUGUACGAGCCCCUGGUAACACUGCCUCGCAAGCAUCAGCUUCGCAGGGACUUCAGGGGCUCAGCUUUGAGCCAUUGGAUAUGGAAGAAUUAUACAAGAAGUUUAGCAGUCAAGUUCUGCUGUGGAAGUCGAGGGCUGUAACAAAUGCGAGGGAUACGAGAGGACGACGGUUUAACACCAAAAGGAAUAAUUGCGCUUAA